UUAUCUAUGGUGCAGGAAGGUAAAGUAAGAAGUUAUACAUUAUCUAUGUGUUACACAUGCGUUACAGCAUAGAUAAUAGCGUUACACUAAUGGGCAAUUAAUGGGUUACUUUUGCUUGGAUUCGAACCACACAGAAAAUGGACUGGGGCGAAGAUUCCAAUUUACUUGGGUUUUCAAGGAAAAAACGUUCUGCCAAUAAAAAUAAUGACAAGGAAAAUUUAACAAGCAAACAGCAAGAUGGUUCACCAGAAAUUAAUUUAAAUAGUAAAAGAGGUGGUUGGGCAGAGGAAGGAAUAAAACUUAAAAAUAAGUCUAAAACUAAUUUUAUUGAUCAAGAUCGAUUUAAAACUUAUAAAAUUGAUGAUUCUGAUGAUGACAUUCCUGUAAUUCCAGAUAUAGAAGAAUUGCAAGAUGAACCUAUGGAAAAUAAGAGUUUGAAGUCACACUUACUAGCUGUAAAUACUUCUACAUAUCAAGAGUUGGAUUUUGAAUUGUCUACUGAGGGUAAUAGUCCACUGUCACAAGCUAAACUGAAAACAAAAAAUGGAGACAUAUCAUUGAAUUUUCUGGCAAAACAUUUACAUCUUGAAAAGGAUAUUAAAGAGGCAGAUAUUUCAUGGAGUAUGGACUCAUUAUGGAGUGAUAUAUGUAAAUUUGAUGGCAUUAAAUAAAAAUGUGCACAAUUCACAAAAAUUUCAUUUC